GUUGUACUGUAUAUAGAGAGAAGAGGUCCGGGAAGAAAGGGAGGGAAAUUUUGUUGGAUUUGGUAGAUCUAUGUGCAUUGGAAACCUGGCAUGUAGGUGUAGAUUGUGGCGACACUAACAGCAGCAACAGCACAAUGGAUCCUGUCAAUGGGGGGAACACUCUCGCCAACAACCCUAAUAUUGCUUCCAAGCAGCGUUUACGCUGGACGCAUGAGCUACAUGAACGCUUUGUUGAUGCUGUGGCGCAACUUGGUGGCCCAGAUCGUGCCACACCUAAAGGUGUUCUCAGAGUUAUGGGUGUGCAAGGCUUAACAAUAUACCAUGUCAAAAGCCACUUACAGAAAUAUCGGCUAGCAAAAUACCUACCCGACUCAUCACCAGAUGGGAAAAAGGUCGACAAGAAAGAAACAGGGGAUAUGCUUUCCAAUGUAGAUGGUUCACCUGGUAUGCAGAUUACUGAAGCAUUAAAACUUCAAAUGGAGGUGCAGAAGCGACUGCAUGAGCAAUUGGAGGUGCAGAGACAGCUACAAUUACGGAUAGAAGCCCAGGGUAAAUACUUGAAGAAGAUUAUUGAAGAGCAACAACGACUCAGUGGGGUUCUUUCAGAAGCACCUGACUCUAGCAUUGCAGUUCCAGUUCCCCAAGAUACUUGCCAAGAACCCGUUAAUGAGACUGACCCAGCAACACCUGCCCCAACCUCUGAGUGCCCCCUUCUGGAAAAAGUUUCCAAUGAGCGUGUCCCAGCUAAGAGUCUUUCAAUUGACGAAUCUUUUUCCUCCCAUCAUGAACCAUUGACACCAGAUUCUUGUUGCCACGUGGGUUCCCCUAUUGACAGCCCUAAAGGGGAGAGAUCUACAAAAAAGCAACGGGUAAACAUGGAGGGAGCAUAUUCUGAACCAGAAAUGGUACUUCCGCAUCAGAUACUUGAGGCAAGCAUGUCAUCUUAUCAGCAACCAAAUGCAAUUUUCCUUGCCCAAGAGCAAUUUGGCCCUACAUUCGGUUUGUCCGCUAGAAGUGAUAAGGAAAUGGAGCAGGAUGGUAGCAGAAAUCUGUGAUUUAUUGUAACAUGCAGCUUGUGUACUAGGACUGAAUUUUUCAUCCUUUUUUAUUUAUUGGAUGUAUGUACUCUAUUGGAUAGAUUAUGAAACGUGUUCAUGGUAUAUUCCCCCUGGUGCACUAGGACUGAUUUUUUUCAUCCUUUUUUAUUUAUUGGGUUUAUGUACUCUAUUGGAUAGAUUAUGGUUUAACCUGAUCAUGGUAUAUAUUCUCCAGUUUGGUCAAGCAUGCAAUUAAUUAUUAGUAACGGUU